CUUCUCUGGCACGGUGCAGCUCCACAGCCAUGAGGUCUUCCACAGGCCCCCAUCGUUUAGCUCCAUUUCUAGCAGUUAUUCUCUCUGUUUUGAGCACGUGCACCAGCCGGACUGUUUCACCUGCAAGGGGGCUUGGGGUGAAGGAGCAUUUUCAAAUUGUUACACAGCACAAUAGACUGCGCAGUCGGGUCAGCCCCAUGGCUGCAAACAUGCAGAAAAUGGAGUGGAGUGAGAUGCUAGCUGGACUGUGUCAGGAAAGGGCUGAGUCCUGCUUAAAGGACAAUACUCAAUUAGAAGGACACAUGGAGCACGUUGGGUGGAAUAUCCAUCAGUCCCCUCAUGGUGAGGCCUCCUUUCCUGAGGUCAUCAAUUUGUGGUUCCAGGAGGGCCAGGACUACAUCUACCAAAGUGGUCAGUGCAGGAACAAUGGCACCUGCCAGCAUUACACACAGCUGGUGUGGGCCACAUCCAGUGAGGUGGGCUGUGCCAUGCAUGUGUGUAGAAGCGGAGCAGUGCACUUGGACCUGUUUGUCUGUGCAUAUUCCCCAGGGGGAAACUGGGAGGUGAACGGCAGGCAGGUGGUGCCCUAUAAAGCAGGAGUUUACUGCUCUCUCUGUACAUCCUCUAUGUCUGGCUGCUUCCGUCUUUGGGACCACGUUGGUGGUUUGUGUGAGACCCCCCGAAACCCAUGUCGUAUGAGCUGUGGGCAGCAUGGGCAGUUGAAUAUCUCUUCAUGCCAGUGUCACUGUGCCCCAGGGUUCACUGGUCGCUUCUGCCAGGUGCGCUGCAGUGUACAGUGUGUACAUGGGCGGUACAAGGAGGAGGAGUGUUCCUGUCUGUGUGAUGUAGGUUAUGGGGGAGCGGAAUGUGCAGAGAAGCUGAGCUUUCCCUACCAUAGCUGUGACAUGCAGAUAGAUGGUAAAUGCUUCAUGGUGUCCUCUGAAGCUGAGACAUACUACACAGCCAAGCUGCGCUGUCAGGAAAGAGGGGGCAUUCUAGCUCAGGUGGCCAAUCAGAAGGUCCAGGACAUCAUGGCCUUUUACCUCAGCCAGCUGGAAAAUACCAACGAGGUGACUGACCCUGACUUCGAAACCCGCAAUUUCUGGAUUGGUUUGACAUAUAAACCACUGAAAGACUUAUUUCGCUGGGACACAGGGGAGAUCCCAUCCUUUACCAGCUUUGCUUUUGGACAGCCAGACAAUCAGGGCUUUGGAAACUGUGUAGAACUGCAAGCAGCCAGUGCCUUCAACUGGAAUGACCAACGCUGUAAGACUCGCAACAGAUACAUCUGUCAGUUUGGUCCAGAGCACGUUGCCCUGUGGCAGUUUGGCUGAAGAAAGCUGUGAGCACUUCGUGACUGCAGCAGAAGUCUACUGAUCCAGGGCUGCUAUCUCGUUUGAACUGUGCUUGGUUUGGUGUCUCAAGCACAAGGGUAGGUUGCUGCAGCCAAGUCCGCUGUAAGCCACAGUACUGUGAAAACGUCAGAGACCAGCCUUCACUUAUUUACUUUCUAGUCAAAAUGUACAAGUUAUGUGUAAGUCUUUUAUUUUUUAUGGUAAUAUUUAUGAGGUGAUUAGACGUAAGAUAAUCCACUUGUAUAAGGGAAAAAAACAUUAAUUUCUAGAACUGGGCUUCAAAGUAUUAUACAGAUACAGAGUAAAUGGGACUCCUCACAAGCAUGCAAGUUCUGGUAGACCAACAAAUUUCAGAUAAACACUAUUUAAAGCGUUUCUCUUUCAGAGGAAAAUAGCUCCACUGCUGUUUCAGAUCUGAAAAAAUCCAUAGGUGUUUCUGUCCAUUUUUCCACUUUGAGAUGAAAAUUGAAAAAAGGAAAUCAAACAAAGAAGCUGCUGGUGUUCUUAGGACUAGCCACCCCAGAGUCCAGGCUACAGCAUUGUAGAAUGUGUUUGGGAUGACUUUGAUCAGCAAGGAGCUGAAAACUGACGUUAGAGGUGGAAAGAGAUCCUUAGAGAUUUCUUUAUAAUACUGUAAGUGAGCCUCCCAAAAGAAUGGAAGCUGUAAUAAAGGCAAAGGGUGGACACACUCAGUGCUGAAAAAAAGCCAUUUUAUAUUUACUUGUUGAAAUAUAUCUUAUCUGUUUUUUUCUUAAUGCUGAAAAAUGAAUAACUUGUACUUAAUUGCUGUUUUGAUGGAAAUUAACUAAAUGAUAGUUGGUCUUUUGCACAAUACUGUGUAGGUGCAGUGUAUUAUUUGCUAGUCUUUAUGGGGGUUUCAGGAUCAAUAUGUUGAGAACCCUGUUACAGGUACAAACCCUUACAACCUGGAUGUUCCAGAUAAGUCUCAGUGGAUAAUUUGAUAAAUCAAGACAUUCACAUGAUACAACAGCCAUAAAUAAUUUUAGUCAAAAUAAUGCGGCUCAAUCUUGAAAUAUUGUUUACUGGUAUUGAAAGUUCACCAUAUUCAGAGGUCCCAUGUCCUGCAGUUUUUUUGUAUUUAUUUUUUUUUGUGUUAUUGUUAAUGUGUUUUUUAUGUAUCAAAAACAAUUAUAAUUAAUUUUAACCUGACAACUUUACAUGACAUGUCUUUAUCCCACACUCUCCUGUUUCGCAUUAUUAGACAAACUAUGCUUCUAAGACUGAUGCAUGUAAUAGACCUCUAUUGUGAUUGGCUUUGCAUUGUACCUUUUUCAGUAGGCAGUCCACUUCUUAUAACUUCAAAAUGAAUGGGGGAGGCAAAACUGCUGUAGGCUAAAGAGGUAGAUACAUGUAAAUAUGUUUGUGACAUCAGAAAAACAGUGAAUUAUAAAUGGGUUGUUAAUUGCAGCUUAAUCUCCAUGUGUAGGAGUGAAUAGUAUGUUUUGAAAGUAGCCAUACGCACAUAAAACAAAACUCUAUUAUUAAAAUAAAUAAAUAAAACAGUAUUCCAUUAUAUAGGCCCCUUUAUUUAUUGCAAAAUUAGUCACAGUUGGAAUCUGUAUGAAUAUAAUAUCGUAAAUAUUAUGGAAAUAUUGUUUUUGUCUAUAUUGUGCAGCCCUACUGUAGGAUUUCUACCUUGUCCCCACCUCCUAGUGUCCUUAGGAACGGAUAUAAUUCAGAGACUUCAAGCUAGAGAUGAGGAGUGUGUUCUGAGGCAAGGCACUAGGGCACAAAUAUUGAUUCUCAACAAUAAAACCUUCCUAAAGCCUAAUCCAGUUUUUCAGAGCAGCUGCAGUUUCUGUAGACAGACUCUGAGCUGGGUAUAUCUCCUGCUCUUCUGCAUGUGUGUUAGUGGUCUAGCUCAGCACACAGUGGCUCUGCUCUGCAGUACCUUCAUCAGCUACUCUGCACCUCCAUACAUAUUAAUGCACUGAUAAACACAUGGCUGAUCAGCCAAGCUCUCACUCGCCCUCUCCCGCUCUUACUCUAUCUAUCUACACCGUCUCCCUUCCCUGGUUCUCUUUUUUGUCAUCUCUGUGUGUCUGCCCCAUAUGCACAUACGUAUAUGUUCCCACAGUAUUACAUAGACUGUCUCUUUAACAUUUAAUGUAUCUCAGACUAGCUAGUAGUGUAAAUAUGCAUUAGUACAUCAUGAUGCAUCAGCCUGAAAGCAAUUUACUUGACAUUUUCAAAAUUUUGAAAUUUAAAAAUACAUAUUAUUGUUAUAGUCUAUAUUUUGUAUAUACCCUUGUGUUUAUACCAUUUAUGUAUUCAGUGUAUUUUUAAAAAGAAUUCUGAAUCAUACCAAAAUUAUCAAAUUAAAUUGUGGUGAAAUGUGAUGUUUCAUGAUGCAUUGUAUUAUUUCUUUUUAUAAAAUUGUUGUGAGGUCAGGUUUACAACCCAAACUGUAGUUAAUCUCACCAGCCUUGUGCCUCCCAGAAAGAAAUAGUUCUCAGUGAUUUUACGUGUGUAAUUGUGUAUUUAAAUACCACAGUCCAUUCAAGAGUAUAGCCUCUCAGAUUUUUCAAUAAAAGUUGCUUGAUUGAUCCCUUGAUUUCUGCUCCUGCUCACUUGUGAUUGGAUUGAGCUCAUGCUGAGCUGCAGUCUACUGCUGCAGACAGACUGACUGACAGAGCCGAUCACCUGUUUGUCACUUGCUCAUAGGUAAAGGAGAGUGGAUUAUGUUUACCAUAUGCUCUGUCUUUAUUAAAGUUGUGUAUUAGUGAUUUUUUCCUGUUCUGUGUAACCGAUAUAUCUUUAUUGAAGUCAUUUUGUUUAGUUUUUGUGUAUUGCAGCACACUGUAAAGCUAUAAAAUGACUACUACCCUUUGUACUGUAUUAAAUGACAAGUGAAG